AUGCCUGUGGUUCACAGGAGUUGUCUGGGCACUGCACCUGCCUUUGGGGACACUGGGAACUAUGAGAAGGCGGCGGGUAUCGCGGCGCCUUAUGGGAAAUGUAGUUCAAAAAGGCGCCGACCGCCCCUUGGGGAACCCUGGAAGGGCGGCCCGGGGGCUGCUUCUGCGCAUGUGCUGAUCCUGGCGUUCCGCCUGGCGCCGAUUCUCGUUCUCAGGGUUCUUCCGGGGACGCGUCCUGCAGUCUCCAGUUGCUUGGGUUCCGCGCUCACCUGUACUUCGUGCAAAGUGGAAGCGCAGCGGGUGCAACCGCGAGUUAGAAGAAGGACUGGCAGGGGGUUCCGGGCCCUCGGGGGUCGGAGGGAAGGGCGGGGCGGAGCUGGCCCGGGUCCGUGGAGGGUGGGCGCGAGCUCUCCCCGCCUCCCUCGGGAGGGAGUCACCAAGCGGGUUUCCGCUGGUCGCGGAGAAGAGCGGCGAGAGCCAGGCUGGCCUCCUGUCCCGCAGGCCUCAGGGCGGGCGCUCUCUGCAGCCUUUCUUUGCCUGAAGAAGGUGCUUUGUGAGGGUGAAAGAAUCACAAGUGGAGGUCUGGUAUCCCAACUCCUGGCCCAUUCUCAAGAGCAUCCGAAAAUGAACAAAUCCCAGAGAUCAGUUUCAUCCAAGGACCUGACUGUGGACUUCACCCCCCAGGAGGAGUGGCAGCAACUGUGUCCUACUCGGAGGCUCCUGGACAGGGCUGUGAUUCUGGAAAACUGCAGACAGCUGGUCUCUGUGGGUGAGUACAGCUUCCCUGGUUAG